CUACCGUCAACUGCACUGAACAGCAAUGUCAAACCCGUAACUGUCACUGCAGGGCAGACGAAAAGAUUUUCAAUCAUGAAGAUGGCUGACGGUUCCACAAUCCUGAGACGAAACAGACCCGGAACCAAAGCUAAGGAUUUUUCUAGUUGGCCCGAUGAACCGUUCGAGGAAAUGGACAGCACCCUCGCGGUGCAGCAGUAUAUCCAACAGAUGAUCAAAAAGGAUCCCUCGAACGUGGAACAGAUAUUGACCAUGCCGGAUGGGCAGGAUGAAGGUGUUUGGAAGUACGAACAUCUUAGACAAUUUUGUAUGGAAUUGAAUGGACUGGCGGUGAGAUUGCAGACACAGUGCUUUCCCGCGACGUGCACUCAAAUGACGGCUACCGAGCAGUGGAUAUUUCUCUGUGCGGCACACAAAACACCAAAAGAGUGCCCGGCAAUAGAUUAUACGCGCCACACACUGGACGGGGCCGCAUGCCUUCUGAAUAGCAAUAAAUAUUUUCCUAGCAGGGUAUCAAUCAAGGAAUCGUCGGUGUCAAAACUUGGCUCAGUAUGCCGACGCGUGUAUCGGAUCUUCUCGCACGCUUAUUAUCAUCAUCGGCGAAUAUUUAAUGAGUUUGAGGAAGAAACUUAUCUAUGUCUACGGUUUACGCAUUUCGUCACCAAAUAUUCGCUGAUGUCGAAGGAAAAUCUGAUUGUACCGAUUCCCGAGUGUGAGUUGACGCCCGGGGAAAGUGAAGCUUAAAGUAUGCCAACUGUUUGUUAUCAAGUCAUGACUGUUACUUGCAAGCUCUGCGACAUUAUGAAUCCGACUCGUAAAUUUAAAAGUGACAAAGUGCUAACCGCUUGUUAAUUUUCCAUUCUCGUACGACAAAAAAAAAACAAAUGUACUUCGUAAAUUAUUCCGGUUUAGCGGACAGUAAAUCGGUUUUCAUAAUCAUCAUUUAACAUUUUCCAGCCGGCGAAUCUAAUACUUUUACUUUUAUGUGCUGCAUUAUCAACCAAUUCUUAGUUUCAUUUAGAUUAUAACUUUCCCAUUUCGUUGUGUAUAUUUGGAAAAAAUUGUAAUCAAAGAUAUUAUAAUACAAUUAUAAACAUCAAUAAAAAGUCACCUUAAUAGGCAUAACUAAACAAGUCAUUCAGAACAUAAACUAUUGGUAUCGAAAAAAAUUUAGGUUUAAAGAUAUUUCCAAACUGAACCUGUAAACUAUA